GGUAAAGCCAAAGGUUAGGUAAGAAAAGACCGAAAGGCCAUUCUACGCUAACACCUUGCCGUCGUCUCUCGCGGCCAGUCGGUGUCGGUUAUUUCGUCAUCCCUAACCUAAACUUUGCCCCACGUUGUUUGGUGAAUUAUUACUUUCGUGUACCUCACACACCUGAAAGACAGUGAUAGUUUUGAUAAAGGUGCGACAUUUUUUUGUGUUUUACCGAUCGCAAGUUCUUCGGCCACGUGUUAAGAGCUGUUUUCAAGGCUAAAUUGCCCGCAUUCUACGCCGAAGCCGUAAAAAAUCCCACCACAAUGGCUACCAACGGACAAGCCAAUAUGACGGAAAUGGAAACAUUUUUGCCCAAAGAUGGAUCUAACAUCAAAGACAAAUACAAGAUCUCAGUUUCUCCAGCCAAGACGAGAGAUUUGGAAGCAGAGCGUCUCAACAGUAUAGAUGGGAAGUACUACGAUCCGUUCAAAGAGAGGAAGGUGGAGCAUCCUACAUCAGACUGUGACACUUUGACUCAUCUACUGAAGGCAUCUCUAGGUACGGGGAUCCUGGCUAUGCCCAUCGCUUUCAAAAACGCUGGCCUCACCAUGGGAAUAUUCUUCACCAUCAUAGUCGCCCUCGUCUGCACGCACUGUGCUUACAUAGUUGUGAAGUGUGCUCAUGUGCUGUACUACAAAACACGGACUCCCGCCAUGAGUUUUGCUGAUGUGGGAGAAGCUGCGUUCACUCAUGGUCCACCAUGGGGGAGAAAGUUUGCGAAGCUUGCAAGGGUAUCCAUCCUGGUGGGUCUGUUUCUAUCCUAUUUUGGGACCUGCAGUGUCUACACUGUCAUCAUAGGAAACAACUUCCAGCAGGUGAUAGAUUACCACCUAGGGUUCGAGAACAAUCAGAGGAUCUACAUCAUCGCUCUGCUUGUCCCUCUCAUACUCAUGUCCUGGGUACCCAACCUCAAGUCUCUGGCCCCUGUGUCUAUGGUGGCCAACCUGUUCAUGGGCCUGGGUCUAGGCAUCACAUUCUACUACCUGGUCCAGGAUCUCCCUUCACCUCAGGAGAUGCCUCAGGUUGCCCCAGUCAUGGAAUGGCCCAUCUUCUUCAGCAUCUGCAUCUUCGCUAUGGAAGCCAUUGGAGUUGUGAUGCCGUUGGAAAACUCUAUGUCAAACCCACAGCAUUUCAUUGGCAUCUGCGGAGUUCUCAACCAAGGCAUGGGUGGAGUGACGCUUGUCUACAUCUUGCUGGGUUUCUUGGGCUAUGUCAAGUAUGGUGAUGAGACAAAGGGCAGCAUCACACUUAACCUGCCUACUGAGGACUUCUUGGCUCAGUCAGUGAAGAUUCUGGUGGGGCUGGCAGUGUUCUGCACGUAUGGUCUGCAGUACUACGUGUGUCUCGAGAUUGUCUGGAACGGAGUGAAAGAUAGGUUCUCCAAAGGCUCAAGGAUGGCUGAGUAUGUCGUCCGCACUCUGCUCACCUCUGCUUCAGUGCUGCUGGCUGUUGCUGUCCCAACCAUUGGUCCCUUCAUCGGCCUUAUCGGAGCCUUCUGCUUCUCCCUGCUUGGACUCAUCAUUCCCAUCUUUAUCGAGAUUGUCACCUAUUGGGACCUCGGAUUCGGCGCAUGCAACUGGAUCAUCCUAAAAAAUAUUCUAGUCUUCGGGUUCGGAGUGCUGGCACUUAUUUUCGGGACGUACACAAGUAUAGAGGAGAUCGCAGCCAUGUACUCUCCUGUGGUCGAUGAAGCACAAGAUUUGUUCAACAAGACCGCGGUCAACGCUACCGAAGUCUUCGGACAGCUGGCAUCGACAGUUGUGUCGUCAGUCAAUGUAACUGAUACCAUCGACAAACUGCAAUCAGCUGUUGGCAAUAGUACCGCAAUGGCUGCAGUACUAGACGCCUUUAGCAACGGAACAAAAACUGUCGCUGAGGCAGUACUGAAUGCAGGAAACGGCACAAACCCUUUGUCAUAGUGUCUGCACUGCAAGAGUUCUUGAGACAUACCAGUGAUUUUGUAUCUCAUCCAGUGAUUUUUGUAAAGUGGAUAUGGUAGAUGUAUGCAGAAGCAAUGGUUGAAUGAGGCUUGUAAAAACUUCUCUCCUUAGUCCUUACUAAGUGAUAUCAACUUGCAGGUUCUCGCGGACCUUUGUUAGGCUAUAUUAUUUUAUCCUUUAGGUUAAGCUUUUAUACAAUAUACACAAAAGAUUAUUUACCUUGUUACAUUUAGGAUGAAUUAAGUCUUAACCUAACCUCUACUGCAUCAGCCAGGGGCUGAUUAUAGGCUAAGUUUUAAGUAAUACAACAUUUAAUGUUGGUAAGUACUUUUUAUCCAACCAUUAUUAAAAAUUGAAAUGACCUUUUAAUGUUUAAAAUGAACUGCUUUAAAGGUUUUAAAGAAAUUAUUGAAUUAUUUCCUUAUAUUUAAUGGUAUGUAAAGAUAAAUAAUAAGCUGGAACUUAUAAUUUACUUAACAAUGAUUGAAUUUGUUGCCAUUACAUAUUUUAACAAAAAACGAAUAUAUACUAGAUAUGAAAAAUAAUAAUAAUUAUUAUUGAUAGUAUUAUGAGCUUAAUUUGUAGGCAUUAAAAAGCCUUGUGAUAAUAAUUUUAUUUCACAUAUUCUUUAAACAAUCAAACCUUUGGUACUAUUUUAAUGUUGAUGGAGUGAAUAUAACUUGAACUAGCUGUGGUAUGAUGACUAAAAUUUAACCACCGUACCAAACCAUUUUUAUUGGUGUUAUAUUUUUCUUGUUUAUGAUUAAACUAGUAGCUUUACCUGUACUUCGCUUUGGUCUGUGGACACACCGACAGUGAUAUUUUUCUCAAUAAGCUACAGCAGGUACUGUAGAAAACAUCUAUCAUCAAUGAUAAUAGAUCAUUACAUACGACCUAUUAUCCAAGUUCAUAAUCUAUGAAUGUACAAACCUAUGACUCAGUUUAACAAAAUGAUGAGUUUAAAAUGUUUUUAAUAGCGUGACAGUAUAUAUUUUUAAUCAUUAGAGUAAACAAAUCAAAAAUCAUUAGCCUUUUCCUGCUUUUUCGAUGGAUACUUACAAAAACAUAUCCAUCCUAGAUCAAUGAUAAGUUCAAUUUUAUCUAAAAGUAUUUACUUUGUAGUAGAAAAUUUAUCUUUUACUGUCAUAUCUCAUAAAAUCCAAGUCAAACAUAUCAGUCACCACAGUUUUGUUUGAUCUCGUUAAGAUUGUUUUAAAUUUGUAUUUAGUUACUGUUUGAUUUAUGUAAUUUAAGCCUUUCAUAAGUGUACUUAAGUGUCUAUUUUGAUAUUUACUAGGAGUUGUGAAAUGUUUUUUUAUGAUGUAAUAUAAUUUAAUUUUUUUGCCAAGGACCUACAUUUUUACUUUAACCAAGUUUUUACAAGUGCCUUUAACAGCAUACAAGUUUAUGACAUUAAAUUGAAAAAAGAAAAUCAUAUUCUUCACCUUUAAUGUACUAAUGACUUAGCUAAUUAGUAAUUAUUUACUAAAAGUUCCUUUAUAAAAUAAAAAAUAAGCUAGUGUAUUACCGCAAAUGCCUUAACCGAUUAUGAUUAUAUGUAUAUAUUGUAUUCAUUAUCACACUCCCUAUUCAUAUACUAUUACACUGAUGAAUGUUUUGUAUUUAAUAUUAAGUUACUUUCCAUUCAACCAAUUCAACUUUAUUGGUUGUGAUUUUUUGAGAAUUUUUACAAUGUUUAAGUUUUGGUUUUUGUUCACGCUGACAUUCACUUCAAUUUAUUUUAUGUAUAUUGUUAUUAAAUUUUAAUAAAAU